UUAAUUUUUACUAGUAAUGGCGGUGAUCAGCGACUUAUAGCGGUGGGAAUUCUGACACUGGGUGGAACUGAUUUGGUGUCACUGACAUCCCCAGUGACACCAAUACAGUGCUCAGUGCUAAUAAAAAGCACUGACACUGUACUAAUGGCACUAGGCAGGAAGGGGUUAAACAUGAGGGCGAUCAAAGGGUUAACUGUGUGCUGUGUUUGUGUGCUUCACUGUAAGCACACUGCUUUGGAUGGCUGUGCUAUGCUCCGCAAUCACCGGCCAGGACCCGGUGAUUGACAG